GGCAAAGCUUCGUCGACGAUCGGCUCCCUGCUGAUAACUGUCUCCCGAAAAUCUUUCCCCCUUCUAAUAACAAUUCGACUAACUUCCUCCAUCUACGACCGCUUCAGCGGCCAUUCUGGGGGGAAUCAACCACAGCUCGGCGCAAACCCUUCCUUAAAUUGGAAGGUGGCGGCGGGCAAACAAACGUGGCGCUACUGCUGUGGAAGGCAGCGGCGGUUCCUUGUACUCAGCUCCACCUCUGGAAAGAGCGACCGCCAGGAAGAGAGAGAGACGCGGGAGAGGAGCCGAGGGGACGCACCUGGCCAGCUCUGCCGCCCAGUUCCCUUCUUUAGCUGGACGCGGCACCCCUUCGUUUUCGCUGUCUGCGUCCCCUUUGGCGAGAAGGGAGGGCCCCAUGGCGCUCGUCGAUCUCUACACGCAGUACAACAGAGUUUGGAUCCCUUAUUCUGAAGAAGUCUGGCAAUCUGCUGAAAUUACAAGAAACUAUAAAAAUGGAAAUCACAUACUUCAUCUACAACUAGAAGAUGGAACGGAAUUGAAUUAUCCAGUUGAUCCCAGUGCGUUGCCUCCUUUGCGAAAUCCAGACAUACUUGUUGGUGAAAAUGACCUCACAGCACUUAGUUAUCUUCAUGAGCCUGGUGUCCUACACAAUCUCAAAGUUCGCUUUGUAGAGUCCAAGCUGAUUUAUACCUACAGCGGAAUAAUUUUGGUUGCAAUAAACCCAUACAAGCAGCUGCCGAUAUACGGAGAUGCUAUUAUCCAUGCCUAUAGUGGCCAGAAUAUGGGGGAUAUGGAUCCACAUAUAUUUGCUGUGGCAGAAGAAGCUUACAAGCAAAUGGCAAGGAAUAACAAGAAUCAAUCUGUUAUAGUCAGUGGCGAAUCAGGAGCUGGGAAAACAGUUUCAGCUAAAUACGCUAUGAGAUAUUUUGCUACUGUCAGCAGAUCUAGCAGCAACAUGCAAGUAGAGAAUAAAGUCCUGGCAUCUAAUCCAAUAACAGAGGCUGUUGGUAAUGCUAAAACCACACGCAACGACAAUAGCAGUCGCUUUGGAAAAUAUACAGAAAUCAGUUUUGAUAAGCGGUACCAGAUCAUUGGUGCAAAUAUGAGAACCUACCUGCUUGAGAAAUCCAGAGUUGUCUUUCAGUCAGAGAAUGAAAGAAAUUACCAUAUAUUUUAUCAGUUAUGUGCAUCAGCCCGGAGACCAGAAUUUCAACACCUUAAAUUGGCAAGUGCUGAAGAAUUUAAUUACACUAGCAUGGGUGGAAACACUGUGAUUGAAGGUGUGAAUGACAGUGCCAACAUGGUGGAGACACAAAAGACAUUCACCUUGCUAGGCUUCAAGGGAGAUUUCCAGAUGGAUGUUUUUAAAAUACUGGCAGCCAUUCUACAUUUAGGCAAUGUGCAAAUAACUUCUGUUGGUGAUGAAAGAUCUUCUGUUAGCCUGGAUGACAAACAUCUUAAUAUAUUUUGUGAACUACUGGAUUUAGAAAGUGACAAAGUGGCUCGGUGGCUGUGCCACAGAAAAAUUAUCACUACCUCUGAGACUGUAGUAAAACCAAUGACAAAACUUCAAGCUCUUAAUGCCCGUGAUGCUUUGGCAAAAAAGAUUUAUGCCCAUCUUUUUGAUUUCAUUGUGGAACGAAUUAACAAGGCAUUGCAGUUUUCUGGCAAACAGCACACUUUUAUUGGUGUUUUGGACAUCUAUGGAUUUGAAACUUUUGAAAUGAACAGCUUUGAACAGUUUUGUAUCAAUUAUGCCAAUGAAAAGCUCCAGCAGCAAUUUAACCUGCAUGUCUUUAAACUUGAACAAGAAGAAUAUAUGAAAGAAGAUAUCCCAUGGACGCUAAUUGACUUUUAUGACAACCAACCAGUCAUCGACCUUAUUGAAGCUAAAAUGGGCAUUUUAGAGCUGCUGGAUGAAGAGUGCCUGUUACCUCAAGGAACUGAUGAAAACUGGCUUCUGAAAUUAUACAAAAAUUUUAACAACAACCCACUCUUUGAAGAGCCAAGAAUGUCAAACUCUUCUUUUAUAAUCCAACACUUUGCUGAUAAGGUAGAGUAUAAAAGUGAAGGAUUUUUGGAGAAAAACAGAGACACAGUAUAUGAAGUAUUGAUUGAAGUACUGAGAAACAGCAAGUUUCAACUGUGUGCAAACUUUUUUCAAGACAAUCCGGUACCUAUCUCCCCAUUCAGCUCAGCAAUCAAAGUUAAGUCUGCAAAAACUGUGAUCAAGCCACCCAAUAAACAGUUCCGAACAACAGUUAGCAAUAAGUUCCGUAGUUCCUUAUAUUUACUAAUGGAGACACUUAAUGCAACCACGCCUCACUAUGUACGAUGCAUAAAGCCAAAUGAUCAGAAGUUACCAUUUGAGUUUGAUUCUAAAAGAGUGGUUCAUCAAUUGCGAGCUUGUGGCGUUUUAGAAACAAUUCGGAUUAGUGCUCAGAGUUACCCAUCUAGGUGGACUUACAUUGAGUUUUACAGCCGUUACAGCAUCCUCAUGUCUCAGCACGAACUUUCUCUAACUGACAAGAAACAAAUUUGCAAGAUUGUUUUGCAGCGGCUAAUUCAGGAUCCAAGCCUAUAUCAGUUUGGCAGAACAAAAAUUUUCUUCAGAGCAGGCCAGGUUGCUUAUCUGGAAAAAUUACGGUCAGAUAAGUUGAGGCAAGCAUGUAUUGUGAUUCAAAAGAAUAUCCGAGGCUGGUUGCAGCGGAAGAAAUUCCUUCGUAUCAGACAAGCAGCAAUUAUACUUCAGCAGUAUUUCCGAGGACAGCGGACUGUAAGAAAAGCUGUAACUGCAAGAGCCCUCAAAGAAGCAUGGGCAGCUAUCGUUAUCCAGAAGUACUGCCGUGGAUAUCUAGUGCGUAGACUUUGCCAGCUUAUCCGUGUGGCUGCUUUGACAAUCCAAGCUUUUACCCGAGGAUUUCUAGCAAGGAGAAAAUACAGAAAGAUGGUUGAAGAGCAGAAGGCUUUGGUCCUCCAGAAAUAUGCUCGAGCUUGGCUUGCCAGACGCAGAUUCCAGAGUAUUCGCCGUUUCGUGUUGAACAUCCAGCUGUCGUACAGGGUACAACGACUGCAGAAAAAACUGGAGGACCAGAAUAAGGAGAAUCAUGUUCUAUUGGAAAGAAUGACUGCUCUAGCCUCAAAUCACUCCAGUGACAUAAAAACAAUUCAGAAGCUUCAGCUGGAUCUUGAAAAACUAGCCAUGCAAAAGAACAUAUCUGAAGAAAAAGAGAAGAAACAUAAGGAAGACUAUGAACAGAGGGUGUUGAAACUUGAAAAGCACAAUUCAGAGCAGCAAGAACAGAAGAAACAACUUGAAAAGGAGCUUCAAGAGAAAACUGAGGAAAUGAAAGAUAAAAUGGAUAUCCUGACAAAACAGCUCUUCACUGAUGUCGAAAAAGGAGAAAGGCAACGAAUAAUACUUGAGAAAAACUUCCACAACCAGAAACAAGACUACGAAAAAAAGAUUGAAUCACUCAAGGCGGAAAUAAAGUUCCUCAAAGAUGAAAAUGAUCAGCUCCAAAAUCAAGUUCAGGGAAAACAACAAAUUGAAGAUGGCUUAAAAAUGGAAGUAGAAGAACUUUCAAACCAAGUAAAGGUGAUUCCCGAGUUGCACAAAGAAAUUGAACUGAUUCAGACUGAAAAAAUGGAUGUGGAGAAGCAACUGCAGUACCAGAAGCGUGAAAUGAGAGACAAGAUGUCAGACAUUACAAGGCAACUUCGGGAGAGCUAUGACUUUGCAGAUGUAAGGAGCAGAUUAUCUACUGAAGAUUUGGAACAUUUAAAUGAAGAUGGGGAGCUUUGGUUUGCCUAUGAAGGUCUGAAAAAAGCCACAAGAGUAUUGGAAAGCCAUUUCCAGUCUCAAGAAGAGAACUAUGAAAGGGAAAUAGAUGAUCUGAAUUCUAAAAUUGAACAUCUAAGUCAAGAAAAAAACCACUUACAGAAGCUGUUCAGAGAGGGAAAUGAUAUAAAUGACAGUACCCAGCUCCGAGUUACCAGAUUAACCUUGGAAAAUAAGAUGAUCCCAGAUCUCAAGCAGCAGAUUUCUGAGCUUCAGAAGCAGAAGAUGGAUCUUGAAACCCGUCUACAAGAAGCUUCAAAAAAUAAAGAGAGAAUUGAAAAAAGGACAGAUGAUCUGCAUCAUAACCAGGAAGAAGAAGGAACACAAACAAGAGCCUUACAAGUUCAAAAUGAAAUAUACACUAAGGAAAAAGAAAAGCCGAUAGCCACAUUUCAAGAGUUUCAGGAGAUAAGUGAUCACAUGGAGAAGCAACAAGAAGGAGAGAAUGAAACCAAGAACAAGAUGUGGCAGGAUGUGGCUUAUCUUACUAUGGAAAAUAAGGAUCUAGAAGAAGAGUUGGAUAAGAAGGACAGAAUAAUAAGGAAGCUUCAGGAUCAAAUCAAGACCCUUAGAAAGUCUAUAGAAACAGCCCAUGAAGAGCCUGUGUCAUCCAUGUUGAACGAAUAUAUGGGAAUGUUGCAGUACAGAAAGGAAGAUGAAGCAAAAAUUGUUCAAAAUCUGAUUCUUGAACUGAAACCCCGUGGAGUGGUGGUUAAUAUGAUUCCAGGGCUCCCAGCUCACAUCCUCUUCAUGUGUGUGAGAUAUACAGAUUAUCUGAAUGAUGAUGAGAUGCUGAAAUCCUUCAUGAAUAUGGCAAUCAAUAGUAUCAAACAAGUAAUUAAGGAACAUGUUGAAGACUUUGAGAUGUUGUCCUUCUGGCUCUCAAACACAUGCCAUUUUCUUAACUGUUUGAAACAGUACAGCGGGGAAGAGGAGUUCAUGAAGCACAAUACUCCACAACAAAAUAAGAACAAUCUGAAGCACUUUGAUCUGUCAGAAUACAGGCAGGUUCUUAGCGAUCUAGCCAUUCGUAUUUAUCAUCAGUUUAUAAUUGUAAUGGAGAACAAUAUUCAGCCAAUGAUAGUGCCAGGAAUGCUCGAGUAUGAAAGCCUCCAGGGGAUUUCUGGCUUAAAACCAACCGGAUUCCGCAAGCGCUCUUCUAGCAUAGAUGACACAGAUGCCUACACUAUGACCUCCAUCCUGCAACAGCUCAGCUAUUUUUACACCACAAUGUGUCAGAAUGGCUUGGACUCUGAGCUUCUAAAGCAGGCCGUGAAACAGCAUUUCUAUCUGAUUGGAGCAGUUACCCUUAAUAGUCUUUUCCUCCGCAAGGACAUGUGCUCUUGUCGAAAAGGGAUGCAGAUAAGGUGUAACAUCAGCUACCUUGAAGAGUGGCUUAAACAGAAGAAUCUGCACAGCAGCUCUGCCAAGGAGACUUUGGAACCUCUUUCCCAAGCAGCUUGGCUCCUCCAGGUCAAAAAGACCACAGAUGACGAUGCCAAAGAGAUCUAUGAAUGUUGUACAUCCCUCUCUGCUGUGCAGAUAGUGAAAAUCCUUAACUCCUACACUCCUAUAGAUGAUUUUGAGAAAAGAGUGGCUCCAUCAUUUGUUCGCAAAGUACAGGCUAUGCUGAACAAUAGAGAGAAUUCUCCACUGUUGAUGCUAGAUACAAAAUACCUCUUUCAAGUGACAUUUCCUUUCACCCCCUCGCCACAUGCUCUGGAAGCGAUACAAAUCCCCAGCAGUUUCAAACUUGGCUUUCUCACUAGAAUAUAACAGAACAAAGACAAGAUGCACCAUUCACCCUGUGCUUGAAGGGUAAAUGAACAUCACUCACCCAUGUGCUUCCUCAGUCACAGGGAAAUAGAGUUUCUUAGUAUAGAGAUUUAUCUUUGAAAAACAUUUGGAAAUCAGGGCAUAAGACAUGGAUUACUGCAUAUUCUAUGCUCCACCCAAACUUCUUAAAUCUUCCAUUUUACAGAUUGAAUCUCAUUGUAGCUUACAGAUGCACAGUGUUGGGAUCCAGUCAUGUUGAAUCUAUGGCACUGGAGCCAUGGUGGUUCUCUGUAUUACUAAACAGCUUUCUGUAAUGAAGGACUAACAAGGCAGUUCUUUGUAAUAUUUUACUGCAAUGUAUGUGUAACACUGUUUGUAAAUUUACACCACUGUAUAUGUAUGUUUCAAGGGAACUGUCAUCUUGGUUAUUUAAUAAGUGUAUAUAAAAUGUUACAGCAUAAUAGAUUACAAUUAUACAGUGCUGAUAUAUAUUGUGUCAAAUUAUUGUCACAUAUGUAGGGUAAUACUUCACAGCACUGGUAAAACAGGGAUGUUUGCUAAGGUUCAUCCAUCUGUCACAAAAACAACUCCAAAAUAGGCAUUAUAUUCCCAGAUGAAUGUUAUGAGUGCUUCCAUGUUAACCUCUUUGUCUGCUUUGACACCAUUCACUUGCACAUUUAUUCUGAAGAAUCUGGACAAUAUUUCUAUCAAACUAUCACAUUCUGAUUUCUGUGGUGUCAAUGUAUUAUUAUGAUUAGUUGAUUUGUGGAGUUUCUGUCACAAUUGUGCCACAGUCCUUUUGGGUGCGAACUCUAGCAAUACUAUUGUUUCAGUUGGUUUGGAGGUAUGAUGGGUUUGGAGGUGUUGUCUAAUCCCAUCUCUCUCCUUUCUGGCCUUCCCUACUCGUUACCUGUUCAAACAUUGAUUUCCUCUGGAAUGGAAUUCCUGAAAUCUGCUACAGUUUUAAGGGUUUUUUACUUCAGAAGAUAGACAAAGGCAUCUCAUAGACUAUUUAAAAUUUAUUAUAUAGCUUACAACUAUUUAAAUUCAUUAUAGCUUACAACUCUUAAUAAAAAAUAUAAAACGGUAGUGACCAAACAGCAGAGCUAGACUGUAACUAAGGAACCUAGAAGGGCAGUGUAAACAACACAAGCAAAUCCUGUCAGAUAUCAACAUAAUCAGAGGGCCCCAAGUCUUUGAAAAAGAAUUGUCUUUGCUGAAAUGUUGGCAAAUGGGAUGAAGCCUCCUGGGGAGGGAGUUCCAUACCUGUGAUGCCACUGCAGAAAAGCCCCCGUCCCUACUAACUCUCUACCAUACCAAGGUAGCAGAGAAACUUCUUCGUUUCUAAUUUAGGAAUGUCUAAUUUAGUUAGAAAUAUGUUCUGCUGGUUUUAGUAGCCCUUACUUCCAAGCAAGGGACAAAUUGUAUGCACCUAAAUGUUAACAAAACCCUGACAUGUUUUGUUUUGAUAGCAGGAAGUAAAUCUUUUUUGAUUUUUUACAUGGAGUAUUAUCAAUAAAAAUGAGGAAAUUAUAAAGUUGAAGUUGUUGUGCUGUGUGCACAUAAAAACUGACUGCUUUUGCACUGGUUAAUGUCUGCAGUUGUACAUGGGUGAAGUGCGUACAUAGAAGUAGGUACAUGCAUUUCUGCUUUAUCUGCAUCUGCCUAGGAUUGUGAUCAAUGGCAACUUUCCAAACAAAUAGAAAUUCUGGCUUUUGCAGCUAUGACGGUAUUGCUACAUUUUCAUAAUGACUGCCUCUGUCAUCGUAGGUCUAUCAUUGAGAAUAAAAGAUCAGCUGGUAUCUUUUGAAGAUGGAAAAACAACAGAAUGGUUUCCUGCCCAGCUGGCCUAAUCUUCCUGCGCUUGUUACAAAACCUCCAGGAAUCUACACGUACUAUAGAAGCUCAGUAACACAGCAUCUGCUUUGCUUGCAGAAGGCUGCUGCCUCAGUCCCUGGCAUCUCUAGGUAGAGCUGGGAAUGACUCUGGACAGCAGGUACCAGUUUCUAUAGGCAAGGAGUGGCUAAUCUGUGGCCAUCCGGAUACUGGAUUUUAACUCCUAUCAGCCCCAGACAGCAUAGACAGUGAUCAGGAUGAUGGGAACUGUAAUCCAGCAAAUGUUUUAUUUCCUUUUAUGUGUUUUUGUCCUUGUUUUAAUGAUAUAUUGUUUGUUCGUUAGAUUGUCAGAGAUAUUUGAAAUGUUGAGUGGCUUUACAGAUGCUUUUACAUAAAAAUAUAGAGCUGUGUCCAACUAUGUUCCAGAGUAGAUCCAUUAAAAUCAGUCAAGUCCAUCAGUUGUUUUAAAAUUAAUUUUGUAAAAGACAAGGCUACGAAUCAUUCAUUAUGGAUGUCCAUCAGUUUCAAAGGGUCUACUCUGGAAAGGAUU